AUGGUGGGCACGAAAGUGGAGGUUGGGAGCGAUGGUGGAGAGAAGACAAAGUCAGGAGCGAAGGUGAAGGACGAGUGUGAAGGCGCAGGGCAGGACGCCGGGUCGCUGGACGCGGCGGUGCAGGGUGCCCUCCAGGCCCUCUACCCACCCUUCGAGGCCACGGCCCCCACAGUCCUGGGCCAGGUGUUCCGGCUGCUGGAGACCAGCUACCAGGGUGAUGGGCUCUGCUGCCUGCUCCAGUUUCUCAUCCCGGCCAAGAGGCUCUUCGAGCACGUCCGGCCGGCGGCCUGUGCUCCCUACUUUAACUGCAUCUUUCUCCACGAAGGCUGGCCCUUGUGUCUUCACGAGAAAGUGGUCGUCCACCUGGCACCACUCAACCCCCUCCUGCUGCGCCCCGGGGACUUCUACCUGCAAGCAGAGCCCUGCGAGGAGCACUCGGCGCGCAUCACCCUCAAGCACCUCUCGGGAGACCUGCGCACGGUGGAGGAGACGCCGGUCCCUGAGGCCACCUACACGCUGCUCUUCACCAACGAGUGGCUGGAGGAGAUCAACAGCGACCAGGCCAGGGCCCCCCUGCACACCUGCCUGGUGGCCACCGAGAGCGGCAUCACCCCGCUGCCCUGGAGCAGGAUCGCCACGCCGGAGUUCAUCGACAAGCCCAAGGCUGGAGCUGAUGGUGCUUCCACAGGGGCUCAGCACAGCCCUGCUCCUCAACCUGCAGCCGAGUCAGCAGCACCCACUGCACCCAUGCCCUGCAGCACAGACACCCCAGCACCCUAUGGCAACAUUGCAGGCACUGUCCCGGGCUGCAAGGUCAGCUCUUGGAAGUCAAGCCAGGGAAAGUACCCGGGACUGAUUAAGGUGGACCAGGCUGGGCGGCGGAAGAAGGCAGCCGCGCUGGCCAUGCCCAGCCUCUGCGAGAUCAUCAGCCAGAACCUGGAGGGGGAGUACGUGGAUCUGCUGGAGCUUUCUCAGGAGCAGCUGGACCUCCUGGCCAGGUCCCUGCAGCCCACCCGCCCACUGGGACACAUGGGGGCCGGGGCAGAGGCAACGCUCCCCUGGGCAAACGGGGAGCAGGGAGCAGGGAGCUUGGACAGGCUGGGCAGGGCCCUCCUCCAGGUGAGCACCGGCGGCAGCACCUGGGGGACCACGUGGUGCUCGGCUGCAGAGCUGGCGAGGCUCAUCCUCUACCUCUGCUCCCUCCCAAGGCGGGAAGCCAAGGAUGAUGGGCUCACUGUCCUGGUGGAUGCCAGGAAGCAGCCACCUGCUCCUGUCCUGUUCUCAGCCCUUCGCUCUGUCCAGAGCAUCUCGCCAGGCUGCAUCCACACCGUGCUGCUGCUGGCCGAGAAGGAGCUGGUCACCCAACGUGAGAAGCUGCCUGGGCUGCAGGUGGAGACCCUGGCAUCGCUGAAGGCUCUGGGCCGCUACGUCGACAGCUCCCAGCUGCCCCCGGAGCUGGACGGCACCUUCCCCUACUGCCACGGCGAGUGGGUUCAAUUCUUCCAGGUGACCAGCAUGGAGCUGGCUGAGGGGCUGUACAGCCAGCUGGAGGAAGAGCUUCACAGCCUGGUGUCCCAGUCCAACAGCUGCCUGGAGCGCCUGGAGUUCCUCCAGAAGGUCCGGGAGCUGGAGGCUGAGUUUGGUGAGCUGGGGGGCUGGCUGGACGGGGAGGCAGAAGUGCAGCUGCAGGAAAUGGGCACCAAGGAGUGGAGCCCCAACAGCACCCAGGGCUCCGAGGAGCACUUCAACGAGUUCCUGGUCCAGGCAACGAUGUGCAGGCCCUUCAGUUACAUUCACUGCAGGGAGGAUGAAGCAAGGUGA